AUGGAUGCAGAUGGUUUGCCUCUGGUCGGUCCAGGGAUAGACUAUACAAAGUGUGAAGCCAUCUACCAGAAGCGAACAUUGGCAUUUCUUAACCAUUUUGUGACACACACUGUACGUUUCUUGAAUAAAUUUUCUGGAGUAUGUGAAGAGAAGUUAGAAAGCUUGUCUUAUCGUAUUCAGCGAUUGGAGAUAAUGAUGAACAUUCUUGAAGCCAAACUUUCAUCCAUUCCUGGUUUAGAAAAUGUCACAGUUCCAACUACAGAUUCAUCAAUUGCUUCCCAAUCUCCUGCCGGAACCAGUCAGAGUUCAGCUGCUGCUCCAGCAGCAGCAGCACAGGAGAGUGAAACUUCUACACCUAAAUCAGAACCAACCACUCCCGGAACAGCAGCUACAACUCCUUCUGCUUCAAGUGAAAAGCCCAAAGUGACAGUUUCCCAGGACCCAAAAUAUGCAAAAUAUUUCAAAAUGUUGAGUGUGGGAGUUCCUGAACCAGCUGUUAAACUCAAAAUGCAACAAGAAGGACUGGAUCCAAACCUGUUAAACAAUCCCAAUGCUCCUGUUCCUGAUAGUGGAUCAAAUAAACAAGACAAAACUGAAGAUGAUUUUAGUGACUCAAUGAGUUCAGAAGAUAACAGUGAUGAUGAUGACGACGACUUCAGCAACUAG